AUGGCAGUGAAUCCUAGGGUUUUGAAGGCAGGGCUGGGGAUAAUGGCAGUGUGCUUGGCAGGAUACAUAAUUGGCCCACCUCUAUAUUGGCACUUCGUGGAAGGAUUAGCUUCCGUAAGCCGCUCAUCCUCUUCUUGUGCUCCGUGCAUUUGUGACUGUGAUUCUGAGUCACUUCCUUCCAUCCCCAUAGCUCUGAGUAAUAUUUCCUUUGCAGAUUGUGCAAAGCAUGAUCCGGAUGUUAGUGAAGACACGCAGAAGAACUUUGCUGAGCUAUUGUCCGAGGAACUAAAGCUGCGAGAAUCCGAAGCAUCGGAAAAUCAACAGCGUUCCGACGUGGCACUGCUCGAGGCCAAGAAGAUGACAUCCCAAUAUCAGAAAGAGGCAGACAAAUGCAAUUCCGGGAUGGAAACAUGCGAAGAGGCUAGAGAAAAGGCCGAAGCUUCUUUAUUGGCACAGAAGAGACUGACUGCUGUAUGGGAGCUUAGGGCACAACAGAGAGGAUGGAAAGAGGGAGUUGCCAAGUCUCGCGGGAAUGUACAGGCUAUAUAA